GUUGGUUUUUACUCCAAAGAAACCUCUGUUCUCCUGCAGAUUCCUGUGUUUCGAGGGUCUUCAGGUCCUCUGGUCGGAGCCAUUAACCCCGUCAGUGACCACUUUGGGACGGAUGGACUCGGAGACGUGAUCAAAGUCAAAGACCCUCGCUGGGAGGAGAAGAUCCAGAGCGAGCAUGCAGUCAACGCCAUGAUCCGACUGGUGAAUGAGAACCAGAAGCAGAUCUCCCUGGUGGCUCUCGGCCCGCUCACUAACCUCGCUCUAGCCGUCAGAUUGGAUCAAAGUUUCCCCCAAAAGCUCAAAGACCUGUUCAUCAUGGGAGGCAACAUGGAGGGAAAAGGAAACUUGACGCUAUGUGCAGAGUUUAACUUUGCUAUGGAUCCAGAGUCGGCCUAUAUUGUUCUGGAGGAGUUCCUCUGCACCACGUACAUCGCCUCGUGGGAAUACGCCUGCAGGAACUCUCUGACCUGGGAGUUCUUUGAGGAGCUGAUAAACCAGGACGCUCCGGCUGCGGCCUUCAUGAAGACGAUCACUUCCAAGUGUCGGGCGUACUCCAAAGAGGCGAUGAAGAACAAGAGGGACGUGUACUUCGGCCCGGGGUACGUCUCCUACGAUGCGUACGCCAUGGCGGCCUGCAUCGACCCCGACGUGGUGCUGCAGAGCAUCGAGUGCCCCGUCAGGGUGGAGCUGCAGGGGGCGCUGUGCCGAGGCAUGAUGGCGCUGGAUCGCACCAAUCAGCUGAAGAAGAGCCACAGCGUCACCGUGCUCACUAAGUGUGACGUCAGGAAGUUCAGUCGGCUCCUCCUGCAGUCUCUGAGGCAGCCGAAGAAGUGAUGAUGAAGAGGGAAAACAACCUGAAGGAAAUUGUUAUGAAGGAUAUCAGAUACAAAUGUUAAGUUUGGCUGGAAAUGCACUGUACAAACCUUCCUCAAGUCUUCAAUAUGUUCCACAUUUAUAUAAAGCAGUAUUUUGUUAAUCAUUUAUGUCGAAAAUAGACAAUUUGCCACCAAGAAUUGAAUCGUUCGUGGUGAAAUUGGAUAGAAUAUUGAAGUUUUCCUGAAAAUCUACAUAUAUGUUUUCUCUUGCUUUUUAUUAAUUCUACCUGCGAUCUGCUGUGUAAUGUUUAUUAUACUGUUCAUGCUCACUGCUUGUAGCACUUCGGGGUUUGAAAUCAAAUAUGAAGUGCUUUAUAAAUGAAACCCAUUAUUAUUAUUAUUAUUAUUAUUAUUAUGGUCAUUUAUAUUUCAAAUAUUUAUACAGAAAAUAAUUAAAGAUUGAUCUUAAUUGAGCUAGAAAGGCUUUUUAAUCAAUAAAAAGUGACAGGGUGUCCGCGGGGUCUUAAAAAGUAUUAAAAGUUGAUAAAUCUAUUUAGCGAAA